CUUACCAUAACACCGUGUGACAACCUGCGGUUGCACGUCAUCGAGCCGGCGAAACGGUUUACCAGUAAUCCGCCGGGUUUUCCAUAGCCUCUACUCGCAACCCCAAAGCAAAAUCCAACAGAAGUUGUAGAGCAUAUAACGCAAAUGUCCGCAGCAGCAUCCACUGCCGCUGAGCAUGCGCUGCGGCGAUUCGGGCUGGUUGGUCGGACGUGCCUGGUCACCGGUGCCACCCGGGGCAUCGGCAAAGCCAUUGUGGAAGAGUUGGGCAAGCUUGGAGCCAAGAUCUUCGUGUGCGCGCGCAGCGCCGACGACUUGGCGACACAGCUGGAGGGGUGGCGCGCGGCAGGACUGGAUGUGCAGGGCAUCGUGUGUGACGUGUCGGACCGAGCCCAGCGCGGCGAGCUCGCGGCCAAGGUGUCCGAGGCCUUUGGCGGCAAGCUCAACAUACUGGUGAACAACGUGGGCACCAACAUUCGCAAACCCACGGUGGAGUACUCGGAGGAGGACUACGGCUUCCUGAUGCGUACCAACCUGGAGUCCGCAUACCACCUGUGCCAGGUGUGCCAGCCGCUGCUGGCCGCCAGUGGUGACGGGGUGAUCAUCUUCAACUCCUCCGUCGCGGGCGGCCCCACCGCCAUGAGGUCGGGCACCAUCUACGGCAUGACUAAGGCCGCCAUGAACCAGCUGACUAAGAAUCUAGCGUGCGAGUGGGCUGGAUCCGGGAUCCGGGUCAACAGCGUGGCGCCCUGGUACACAGCCACGGACCUGGCGCUGCAGGUGCUCAAGGAUGAGACCAUCAAGGAACAGGUGCUUUCGCGUACGCCUAUGAAGCGCAUCGGGCAGCCGGAGGAGGUGGCGGGCCUUGUGGCGUACCUGUGCUCCCCCGCCGCCUCCUACGUGACGGGUCAGGUGGUGCAGGUGGACGGCGGCUACAGCGUCAUGGGCUACUACUGAUGUACGGUACUGGUGUACGGCAUUGGUGUACGGCUUGGGCUGGUACGGCAGCCGCUGCGCGGCUGAGCGACGAGGAGGAGCAGCGGGCCGGGGGGGGGGGGCGGAGCGGAGGGGACUGAAGAUUGGGUAGCCGAGCACCAGAGAAGCAAAUGGCCGAGCAGGGGUAUUAGGGAGGAGAGGAGAGGAGAAACCUAUGACGCACCAGGUACACUGGACACGGGUGGCGCGGCAUUGGGGGGAUGGCACUGGCGCCUGCAGAUGGGUCCUGUCCUGUUUAGCCGGAUAGCAGACAUGCACAAGCGCAGGAGUGCGCGCUAGCAGAGAGCACCAGGAGCACGCAGGAUGCGGAGAGAGGCGCGAGGUGAGGGCAGCAGAGAGGAGCGCCAGGCGCAAGUGAGUCGGGGGAGUAGUAGCACCGGGGUGAGGACCGCUGGCGCGGGCGUGUCAUCACCCCCUUGUCCAGGCGCCACGCCCCACCCGCACGGAGCGGCCACCAUCUAGUGACGGGGCCGCCUUCGCCCUAUGCGUUUAGGCACUUGCUGUAGGUGGCGGGGUGUAAGGGGGGUAUCCAGCGGCCUCCCCGUUGGGGAACGCAGUUGGGCUGUUGGGGCAACAGUUGGGGACCGCAAAUGCUGAACGCAAUAUUGUAAAUUGAUGGUCAG